AUGGGGCUUGUUGUGAUGUUGCGCCAGCUGGCCAACCUUCGGAAACAGGACUGCGAGGACAAUGUGAAAGAUUCUCAGGGUUUUUCAGAAAUAGUGGAGGCUGCAGCAACCCAUUGCAUGCUGAGGAAACGAUAUGGCCCCUUUCUCACCUUCUUGGUGUGCGUGUACUUGGCCCAGACAGUGCUUUGCGUCACGCUGGGCCACGUCCGCCGCGCAGCGCACCACACGGCCGAGGCAGUCAAACCAGAUAGCCCCAUCAAGACCAUCUCUGUUGUCAUGGCGGCGCACAACGAGCACGCAUAUUUGAAGCGCACCCUCGAUUCCGUAUUGGAGACCACGCCGCCAGAGACCUUGGUGGAAAUAAUUGUCAUCGACGACGGCAGCGAGCCGCUGUUAGAGCCGAUCACAAAGAAGUACGCUCAAGUGAAAUUGAUCCGCCAUGACGUGCGGCGCGGGCUCAUAAAGUUGGUGCUCUUUGUGGACUUGUGGCGUGAACUGGAGAUUUCCUGCGUCAGCGGGUCAAAGUUUGUUGGCUUAUUUGAUGUGUUGCCGCCCCUCCACCAACGGCAGCAGAACGACUGUUUUGACACUUCCCACAUCAUGGGUGGGUAG